GAUAAAAUGGUUUCCUGUGAAUGUGUGCUACUGUAUGUGGUGACUGCUGUCAGUUCAGGACUCUAAACAGCACAGGGCACAUCAGCCUGGACUUCGGCGGCUGAGGGCCGGAUCUGUGGAUCGCAGGACUGACGUGGACAAAGGAGAAACACGUUAGAAGACAAAAUGAAGUAUCUUCCAAGAGAGCUAGUGAUCUUAGUGGCCACCAUCGCUAUGGGCUGGAGUCAGCAGGAGGAGGUGGUGGUGAUCGGACAAGAAGGACACCAAGUCGUUUUACCCAGGGCAGAUAAAGCGAAAGAUGUAUCUUGGUGGUUUGGAAACAGUAAACACAGCAUACACCAAGCCGUGAUAAUAAUACAAAGGGGGACUCAAACAUACGGUUCAGAUAUGAAGGGCCGCGUGUCUUUGUCCACAAGCAACACUUCCCUUAUCAUCAGCAGCUUGAAUAGUAACAAUUUUGGUUACUAUAUGUGUGAAGUGGGGCAGAUGAAGACCUUAUACAGACUUUACAGGGCCAAAGUCACAUCUUCCCUUGCCCCACUGGUUGUGGCCUCCCAGGACUUGUCUUUGGUUUGUGAGGUAGAGAACUUUGAUCAAGGUCUGGACUUUCAGUGGAGGUCCCCUCAGAAUAGUGUGAACAGCAAUGAGAAACAUCUGACAAUUAAGGGAAUCACAGUGGAGGAGCAUGGCACCUGGAUUUGUGUCGUCACGCCCAAAGGACAAAGGUCUGAUGGCAAAUCCCCCAAUGAAUUCUUCAUCAAAUUCUCCAUCACCGUGGUGGACCUCAACUGUUCCAAAGCAUUAUACACCACCAACGGCUCAAGUCCUCACAUCCCCUGUUACAUCACCAGUGUGGAACUCUCUGCACUUUCAGGUUUGAAGCCAAUUACAGGUAGCUGGACCUUUAAACCUCAUGUGGGCAACAAGGACUUCCAGAAGGUCGCCUCAUUUACCGACCAGCAUCAGUGGGAGGUCGUCACCAGUCACUCAAAUUGGAUACAGAACACUGGGCCGCUUAAAAACAACCUGUCCUUGAAUAUUGCAUCUGUCCUGGAGGCAGACGUGGGGACUUACCGCUUCGAGCUAACCCUUAGAGACAUCACGAUAAGAAGAGAAGUCGAGGUGAACAUGCUCAGAGUUCAUUCAUCUCCUGACUCCCCCAUAUAUUACAUUGGUGAUCCGUUCAACAUCAGCUGCUCUCUGGUUGACACUGAAAUGAGCUCUGACUUGACCAUCAAUUGGAUAGUGCCGGAGAAAUCAUCAAUAAAGGAUACCCUGCCAGACCCCUCCCCGGCUGUGCUGUCCAUCCCCCAGGCAACAGAGAAAGACAAAGGGAGGUGGAGGUGCAAUCUGAAGGAGAAGAAAACAAUACUAGUCUGGGCAGAAUUGAAUCUGAAAAUCGAGAGCCGCCCUGUGAACGUGGUUCUGUGCCUGUCCCUCUGCGGAGCAGGCAUCCUCAUCAUCUUCAUCAUCAUGGCCAUUCUGAAGCUGAGACAGGUACACCCCCCUGGCAAUGGGUCCCUUGCUGGUGACAGAGUGGGACCAGGAGUCUCAUACGGGGGCGGGGGGGCAUCUUAUCCACCAUGUGCAGUGGUCAUGACACACCUGCUGUUUGCUUACCCAUGUUUCUGUCCUUCUGCUGUGAUCCAGAGGGUCCAUUGCAGGAGGAGACCCAAGAAGAAGUACUGCCGCUGCAAAAAGUCAGUAACCCCCCCCCCCUUUGUGUGCUAUACUGUAAAUCCUGUCUUUACUAUCAUCUCAGAACUUUCGCCUUAAAAAUAUUUUUAACUGAUAGAGCUUACAUUAAUUUAUUAGCAGACAUUUCUUUUCCAAAACAACAUACAGUUGAGAAAGCAAGGUCAGACAGUCCUUGGUGCAGUUGGAGUUAAGGGCCUUGAAUGAUAAAAUCAUUCUGCUGGCCCUGGGAUUUGAACCAGCAACCUUCCAACCCCAGGCACAGCACCCUACCUUGCUGAGCCACAAACUGCCCCCUUGAGUAUGUGUUCAGAAGGUAUACGUGUUUAAAUAAUAUAUAUUGCACAGGUUAAGCGGCCUCACGCUUGUAGGGUUAAGGAUUUGAAUCCCACUUCCGACUUCCUGUUUGGGGUUUGCAUGUUCUCCCCCCCACAGCCCAAUAACACACAAUGAGACGACU